AUGAGCGGAGCCUAUUCCAAUGACUCUGACUUGAAGCACAUAUCCGAUGAGCCAAUUGAAGAGAGCCAGGAAUGCUUCAAGGCUGAUGUCACUCCAAAUCUAGAGAAUCUACCAGCCGAGCUGAGAACUCAACUCCUCCUGAGCAUGCCAGAUCUGCCAACCCUGCGCGCGCUCAUCCAUGCUUCUCCCACAAUGCACACCCAGUAUAGAUACGACCGCGAUCAUGUGCUCUGGACUUGUCUAGAGCGCGAACUUAGUGGCUUCCUCAUCGACGCCUACGCCAAUAUGAUGUCUCGGGUGUGCGAGCUAGGAUCCCCACGCACUGACGAGAAGAUCACUAGUUUUCUUGACACCUACCGGGGCUGGCUCUCAGGCGCAAGUCCGCUCCCGGAUCUCCAGUCACUCGACUCUGGUUACAUACAUUGGAUGGCGGCGUACCACAUAUCCGUUGCUUGUCCUUUAGCUCGAAUGUAUAGCAGUUGGGCUCUCGACAACAUCAAAAAAACAAUUUCAUCGUCAGUCGCCCGAAAUGGAACAGAAACGCUACCAAUCGCACAAGAUAGUAGGGGCGUCAACUUGAGCAGAAGCGAGGAAAUCCGCAUUUUCCGGGCUCUCUAUCGGUAUGAGACCUACCAUCACCUCUUUGGCAGGAACAAGGGCAGGCGCCACGGCGGAUUCCGCCAUCAUGAAAUCAAUGAGAUUUUCUUUUCUCAGUUCGCACCAUGGGAGGCUGAGGCAGUCGGUUGCGUCGAUAUAUUUAUCAGACAGAAGUAUAAAGACAUUUUCAGUGACGUGAAGGAAGACCUGCAUCCUCAGAAUGCGAGAUUCCGUCUCGAGAAUGGAACCUUCAACCCUGAAGGAUCUUUUAAUCUUGACGGGGAGUAUGAUGAUUACAUGGACGGCACCGUAUCACGCGGCCUAAAGAUGGCAGUGCGACUUCUAAACAUCGAGGAUCACGAAAAGCUUGUCUCCAAGAUGCAGCGGUGCCUUACACACGACCAAAAUUUGGAUGCACCAGUGAGAACAGCUAUCGGGUUAGCAGCGCAAAGUGACAGGCGCGAGAUGUCAACCAGCUUCCCUGACAAAAGAGACGAAGCUGAGCAAAGGCAGGACCCGAUCCGAUUUACAGGCGACACGGUACCCCCUAACGGCCCGCCCUUAGCUUGGGUUCUCCUAUGGGGUGGAAAGUAUGCAAAUAUCUACGGAGAAUAUGUGCCAGAGUCGCUCAGGCGAUGGGGCUACGUUAUAUGGGACAAAAUUCGCUGGGAUAGCAUGGAGGCAAAAGAGCUUAUUGCGAGACAAUGGGAGAUGGAACCAGAGCUGGUUGAGGAGAUUAAGAUAGACAUCGGUUGGAGUCCUCUGGAAAGCGGAAGUGUAACUAUAGAGCAUAAGUAA